CAGCUCCUCCCAGGGACGGCGGCGAAGGGGCCAGGUCCCCUCAGACGGCACCUCCCGAGCACAGCUGGGAGUCGCUGGGAGGAUCGGAUCCGCUCAAGGCAUCCUCCGCCAGGAAUGGAGCAGGGACUGAGACCUGUUGAGGGAUAAGGGGUGGCUGUGCAGCACAGGGAGCGUCUCCAGUGAGCUGUGAAGAUCAGAUGGCUCUUGGCUUUGGCAGCAGAAGGCUUAGGAGGGGAAGCUCUUGGAACUGCAAACGUGGAACCUUGCUGUGCUGAAGGCUGCUCAUAGAGGGAUUUCUGGUCUGCAAAACAUCAAGAUUUCAACCUGCUGGUAGAGGAGGAUGGGACCUGCCCACACCAAACCGGGAGUGACAAGAGGGGUGAAGCUUUGCUGACCUGGGGAGCCUGGCCAGUGCCUGGAUGCACCUCACUGGUGGGGAAAGCGCUGCUGAAACUUGUGGGCAGGGAGGGUUUGGGGUGGUGGAGGGGCCAUGGGGCUGCUCUGGGCACUGCCCCACGGCUGGGCCACCCGUCUGUCCCAGCACUGAGACCCUGGGGACGUGGGGCCAGGUGUGCAGCUCCACCACCUCCUCUGCUCCUCAUCAUCGCCUUGCGGACGUCGGGGAAGGAGAACAAGAGAGCGGCCGAAAAACGUAGGAGUGCUGAGUUGUUUUGGUCUUAGCCUCCAGAAACAGAACCUUCCUGGUUUACCUAGAGACUUCUGGGCUGCUUGGGAAGCUUCUUCUCCCCAGCUGAAAACAUUUUCUCUCCGGGGAUCUGUCUUCACCGCGUCGGCGCGUCGCCUCGAAGCGAUGGGCUCAGCUGGAGCCCACCCCCCAAGCCAUCCCUGAGCGACCAUGAGGCGCUCUGCUUCCUACCACCUUUGCCACCUGGAGGCCCUGGGACUUUCUGAGUGAGGUGAAGGGGGGAGAGGAAGCACUGAGAAGGAAGAGGGAUGGCUGAGAAGUGCAACUGCCUGGCCAGCCUGUACGGCUACGACCUGGGCUGCCGCUUCGUCAACUUCCGCCCCUUGGGCUUCGGGGCCAACGGCUUGGUGCUGUCGGCCCUGGACAGCCAGAGCUGCCGCAAGGUGGCCGUGAAGAAGCUGACACUGGGGGACGCCCGCAGCCUGAAGCACGCCUUCCGCGAGGUCAAGAUCGUCCGCCGCCUGGACCACGAGAACAUCGUCAAGGUCUACGAGGUGCUGGGCCCCAAGGGUGCCAGCCUGCCCGGGGACUGCUUCAAGUUCAACGUGGUGUACAUCGUCCAGGAGUACAUGGAGACCGACCUGGCCCGGCUGCUGGAGCAGGGCAAGCUGGCAGAGGAGCACGCCAAGCUCUUCAUGUACCAGCUGCUGCGGGGCUUGAAGUACAUCCACUCGGCCAACGUCCUGCACCGCGACCUCAAGCCGGCCAACAUCUUCAUCAGCACCGAGGACCUGGUGCUGAAGAUAGGCGACUUUGGGCUGGCCAGGAUCGUGGACCAGCAUUACUCCCACAAGGGUUACCUCUCUGAAGGCUUGGUGACAAAAUGGUACCGCUCCCCUCGCCUCCUGCUCUCGCCCAACAACUACACCAAAGCCAUCGACAUGUGGGCGGCCGGCUGCAUCCUGGCCGAGAUGCUGACCGGGAGGAUGCUCUUUGCUGGAGGCCAUGAGCUGGAACAGAUGCAGCUGAUUCUGGAGACAAUCCCUGUUGUCCACCAGGAAGACAAAGAGGAGCUCCUCAAGGUGAUGCCCAUGUUCAUCAACAGCACGUGGGAAGUGAGGAAGCCGCUGCGCAAGCUGCUGCCCGAGGUGGACAGUGAAGCUAUUGAUUUCCUGGAGAAGAUCCUGACCUUCAACCCCCUGGACCGACUGACAGCUGAGAUGGGGCUGCAGCACCCCUACAUGAGCCCCUACUCCUGCCCCGAGGACGAGCCGGUGUCGCAGCAUCCCUUCCGCAUCGAGGAUGAGAUCGAUGAUGUUCUGCUGAUGGAAGCCAACCAGAGCCAGAUGUCCAACUGGGACAGGUAUCACAUCAGCCUGUCCUCUGAUUUGGAGUGGAGGCACGAUAAAUACCACGACAUGGACGAGGUGCAGCGGGACCCCCGGGCAGGGUCUGAAUCCAUCGCUGAGGAAGCACAGGUUGACCCCAGGAAAUACUCCCAGAGCAGCUCAGAGAGGUUCCUGGAGCUGUCCCACUCCUCCAUGGACCGAGUCUUUGAUGCUGACUGUGGGAAAUCCUGUGAUUACAAAGUGGGGUCCCCCUCCUACUUGGACAAACUGCUGUGGAGGGACAACAAGCCCCACCACUACUCCGAGCCCAAGCUGAUCUUGGAUUUGUCCCACUGGAAAAGAGCAACCAUAGCACCCACAGCUGAGCUGUCUCUGGAAGAGGAACCAUCCAACCUCUUCCUGGAGAUUGCUCAGUGGGUGAAGAGCACCCAGGUGGGCCUGGAGUGCCCCAACCCCCUUCCAGGGGAGAUCCAGGAAGGGAACCUGCCGUCUCCUCCUCACCACCUCCACAAAGAGCCCCCAGAGGUGAGCAGCGAGGCAGACCCCGAGUUUAACCUGGAUGUCUUCAUCUCCAGGGCGCUGAAACUUUGCACAAAGCCUGAGGAUCUUCCAGAGAAGCAGCUCAGUGACAUCAACGGGGCCUGCAUCUCCGAGCACCCCGGGGAGAUGGUGCAGGCAGAGGUGUACCAGAAGGAGCGGUGGUGAGGCACCCACCAGCUCUGUCUCCUCCUUCCUCUCUGAUGGUGUCUGUGGCCAUUGCCCCUCCCUCUGGGCUCCAGUGGUUGUCAUCUGUCAUGGAGCUGUCACUUCUUUUGGUGGGGUCUUUUUUUGAG